UGUUGAUGUGUGAGGCAAGCAGCGUUGUCAAGGUAACUAUCGCUGUAUCGGUAACUUGAGUUACGCUGCCGGCUGAAAAAGCUUGAAAACUUCCCUCGAGUGUUGACAAGCAAAAAAAGAGACUGAUCUAUCAGCUGAAAUGCAAGAGUUGAGUCACAUCUAAAACAUUUGACUGCUGUGGAGAAGAAUGCAUUUGACCAGGCCAAAGUCCUCGAAAGGGCGUAGUCGACCCAACCUGAGCCACACGCCAAACAUGGAUGUGGCUGAAAGCUUCCACAACACACCACUGAUCCCGAAGCCUCCUUCAAUGGGCUACGACAGGUCAGAUCGUUGCCUCCGCUCCCGCUUCAGGCAGAGCAGCCAGCUGAGCGUGAAACAAGACCCAGACUACCUACAUACUGUUCCCGAGGUACCCUCUCUUCCCUUCCCUUGGAACAAAUACAAGCCCCUCCCCUCUAUUGAGAAGAAGCCAUCAGAGGAGGGUGUCUCUUUGAGGGGCAUGGAGGAGAAGACAUCCAAGCUCAGUCUGUCCGACAGCCUCAUUAUCCAGGCUCGGCAAGGGCACGGGGAGCAUCAGCUGUCCUCAGUGAGGACCCGAGCAGAAUCCCGGAGCAACCCGGAGAUAGGCAACGUGUCAGAGGUGCUUUGCAAGGUCUGCCCCACUCACAACCCUCCGGACCUCAGCGUGAUGGCCACAACCCCAGAGGCAGAAAGCCCACCAGUAUUCUCCCCUGGCACUCCUGGGCCUUUGAGCUUACUCCUUGCCAUCCGGGCUCCGUGUGGUAGGCGGUUUGAGGAGCACUUCCUACCCACAGACACCCUACUGACGGUGCUUGCCAGUGCAGAGGCCAGAUAUGGGGCCAGAUAUGAGCAUGGUUACAUUGAGAUCGUGGAUGGCUACGUUAAGAGUGGUGUGGAUAGACCCCUCCGAAGGACAUUCACAGACCUGAACAUGACUUUGGCCCAAUGUGGCAUCUUAAAUAGAUCAGUACUGUGCAUCUUUCAGGAGGAUAUGGACUCUGCCUGAACUCAAGAUGGAUGACACAGUAUAACAACAAAAUUAAAGUUAUGACAAAUAGGCCUAUGUAUUAUAUUAACAAUGAAGCCAUAUGUUUAGAGGAAAGAGUGCUUGUUUCCAUUGUAAAGAGGAGCUUAGGAAGGUGUGUUUUGCAUUUAAGGUAAAACAAAACUAGCCUUUUCUCACAGCCACUGUGCCACAGAAUAAGCCCAGACAGACAUACUUUAGGUAAGUAAUCUUUAUUACAACCACCAUUUAGAAAUGACAAAACCAAAAAAAGUGCAGAAAGUAUAAGAGAAUAGAUUCAGCAGAGGCUAUUUUAGCUUUCAUAGCCAAGGUAAACACUCUAAACUCUUGUUUAGUUCAAGCAGUCCAAAUAUAAAUCAUAUUCACUGAGGUACAAAAUAAAACAAUUCAAUGGUGUUUUGCUCAAUAAAGCUUUUCCUCUUGAAA